AUGUUCCACAAACUUGCCCUCAUCUCUUUCACCCUCGCUGCCAUUGCCGCCGCUCAACAAGCCGGCACGCAGACACCAGAGACCCACCCGACGCUGUCGUCCCAGAAGUGCACCACCGCCGGCGGCACCACCGGAUACACCAACUGCUACACCGGCAACGAGUGGGACGCGACACUGUGUCCUGACGGUGCGACAUGCGCGGCGAACUGUGCGCUGGACGGUGCGGACUACACGGGGACGUACGGGAUCACGAGCUCGGAGUCGUCGCUGACGCUGCAGUUCGAGACGGGAUCGAACGUGGGGAGCCGUGUCGACGCCGCCGCAUUUACCCCACACCCGUGCACGACCGAUGGCCAGACACAGUGCUCAGGAGACGACUGCACUCGCGACACCGGCCUGUGCGACGCCGACGGCUGCGACUUCAACUCGUUCCGUCUGGGCGACAAGACAUUCCUGGGCAACGGCCUGACGGUCGACACGUCCAAGCCGUUCACGGUCGUGACGCAGUUCGUGACGAGCGACAACACGACGACUGGGACGCUGAGCGAGAUCCGUCGGGUGUACGUGCAGGGCGGGAAGGUGAUCCAGAAUAGCGUGGUCAACAUCCCCGGGAUCGAUGCGGUCAACAGCAUCACGGACGAGUUCUGCACGGAGCAGAAGACGGUGUUCGGAGACACGGACUACUUCUCGCAACACGGUGGACUGCAGCAGAUGGGCGAGUCACUCGGGAACGGGAUGGUGCUCACGCUGUCAGUGUGGGACGACUACGCGGCGAGCAUGCUGUGGCUUGACUCUAACUACCCGACGACUAAGGAUGGGUCGUCGCCUGGUGUCUCCCGCGGCACUUGUGCGACGACGUCCGGUGUACCAGCACAGAUCGAGUCGCAGGCCCCGAGCUCGAAGGUGGUGUUCAGUAACAUCAAGUUCGGUGACAUUGGUUGUACAUUCAGUGGUGGUACGACUUCCCUGCCUCCUCCGCCGCCUCCGGCAUCUGGAUCUGGGUCGUCUGCUGGCCCUGCACCGACUGGGAGUGUUGCCCAGUGGGGCCAGUGUGGUGGGACUGGAUAUAGUGGUCCGACUGUUAUCACCGUCGCUGAAUACCGCUAAUUGGCAUCCGCGCAGAUUACUCUCAGUGCUACUAGAUGGCGGACAGAGAGUUGGGAAAGAAGAUCUUUAGGACUUCUUUCUCCAAUACCAUUGCCUCCCCCCCAUGCGAGAACGGUUCUUAUCCCAUGCUUCCCCCUGAUUCAGUGGUAUGAUGGAGUUCUAGAUUUAGCCACAAAAUUGGAUGAAGCUGUCUCUUGUUGUAAAACUACAUACAUGUCGAAUCUUAGCACUCUUAUUCGCUUGAAGUUCAUCAAUAGAAUCAUGCUUUACUGAGCACGCUUGCAACGAGACGAGGCUUCAAAGGCGGAUAAAAUGUGCCAUGUCCUCGCAUAUCAAUAUGCAACGUUUAGCUGGUGGAUCGGUUGUAAUUUGUUCCCAAGAUCCUCGAACUGCUUCAGAGGCUGUGUUGCUCUCUAUACUAUGGUGUUGCGGGCCAGACGUCUGAGUCACGUUGCAUCCGCGAGAAUUUCUAAUAGAU